UAUUAUCAACAAUUAGUUCUAGGAUAUAUUAUCAGAAGGCUAAGAAGUUUUUCUGUGAAUACCAGGAGGGAAAAAUUAACGGAAUCGAAAAUCAGUGAACUCCAUUCUUGCGCUUCUGCAGCCAUCCUUACUCCCCUACCCUACCCCCAAUCUUCCCCCCACCCCACGACUGGCCUCAACUUCUUCCCCUGUAUUCCAGGAGGUCAUUGAUAAUCUCUUUCAUCCUCAAAUGCUGAAGAUAAUCGCUUAAUUUCUCAACUUCUCAUCUUUUGUUGUUGAAUUUCUUCAAUCUGCUUCUUGAGGUUUAGCUUCUGUCAGGAAAAUGGAUGGGUCAACAGUCCAAGGCACCAGCAGUGUGGACUCAUUUUUACGGAACUAUAAGCUCGGGAAAACUCUUGGCAUUGGAUCGUUUGGCAAAGUUAAAAUAGCUGAACAUACCUUAACAGGGCACAAAGUUGCUGUCAAGAUUCUUAAUCGUCGAAAAAUCAGGAACAUGGACAUGGAAGAAAAAGUCCGAAGAGAAAUCAAAAUAUUGAGAUUGUUCAUGCAUCCUCAUAUAAUACGGCUUUAUGAGGUCAUAGAGACACCAUCAGAUAUAUAUGUUGUGAUGGAGUAUGUGAAAUCUGGUGAGCUGUUCGAUUAUAUUGUUGAGAAGGGCAGAUUGCAGGAGGAUGAAGCUCGUAAUUUUUUCCAGCAGAUAAUUUCUGGUGUGGAGUACUGCCAUAGAAACAUGGUGGUUCAUAGAGACCUUAAGCCUGAAAACCUCCUUCUGGACUCCAAAUGGAAUGUGAAAAUCGCAGAUUUUGGUUUGAGCAAUAUCAUGCGCGAUGGUCAUUUUCUGAAGACAAGUUGCGGAAGCCCAAACUAUGCUGCCCCAGAGGUUAUAUCAGGUAAAUUGUAUGCUGGCCCUGAGGUAGAUGUAUGGAGCUGUGGCGUUAUUCUAUAUGCUCUUCUCUGUGGCACCCUUCCAUUUGACGAUGAAAACAUUCCCAAUCUUUUUAAGAAAAUAAAGGGUGGAAUAUAUACUCUGCCCAGCCAUUUAUCAGCUGGUGCGAGGGAUUUGAUUCCAAGGAUGCUUAUAGUCGACCCAAUGAAGCGAAUGACUAUUCCUGAGAUUCGCCUGCACCCUUGGUUCCAAGCUCAUUUGCCACGUUAUUUGGCCGUACCUCCACCCGAUACAAUGCAACAAGCAAAGAAGAUCGAUGAAGAGAUUCUUCAAGAGGUGGUUAAGAUGGGAUUUGACAGGAACAACCUUACUGAGUCCCUUCGCAAUAGAGUUCAAAAUGAGGGCACUGUUGCGUACUAUCUGCUACUUGACAAUCGCCAUCGUGUUUCCACUGGCUAUCUUGGAGCUGAAUUUCAGGAGUCCAUGGAAUAUGGUUACAACCGGAUCAAUUCUAAUGAAACUGCUGCUUCCCCUGUUGGUCAACGCUUCUCAGGAAUAAUGGAUUAUCAGCAAGCUGGUGCAAGACAGUUUCCUAUUGAAAGAAAAUGGGCUCUUGGCCUCCAGUCUCGGGCGCAUCCACGUGAAAUAAUGACUGAAGUUCUGAAAGCUCUGCAAGAACUGAAUGUAUGUUGGAAAAAGAUUGGUCAGUAUAACAUGAAGUGUCGAUGGGUUCCUAGCAUACCUGGUCGUCAUGAAGGCAUGGGUAUUAAUUCCAUGCACGGGAAUCAGUUCUUUGGAGACGAUUCUUCCAUUAUUGAGAAUGAUGGGGUCUCUAAAUUAACAAAUGUGGUCAAGUUUGAAGUUCAGCUGUACAAAACCAGGGACGAGAAGUACUUGCUGGACCUUCAGAGGCUUCAGGGUCCACAGUUCCUCUUCUUGGAUCUGUGUGCCGCUUUUCUUGCGCAGCUUCGAGUACUUUGAAGUCUCUGAAGUAUGGAGCUUUGUUGGAAAGCUAUGUGCUUGUAUAUAAUUGGUAUACCAGCUCAGUUACUGCAUUUUGUCUUGUUAACAAAUUUCACCCUGCUUGGUCAGAGGUGCCUAGCAACUUUUUUUUGUUGAUUCGCUAGGAGUUCUAGCUUACUCUUUUUAAUGUUUCUUCUUAACUUUGUCAGUGUCUAUGGAGUUUCAGUUAUCUA